UGGAUCGGUAAUAUGUUAUAGUCAGUAACCUGAAAUUCAAAAUUCAAAAACAAAGUUUUUCUUUCGCAGUAUUUAAUCCUUGAAAAUAUUUAAUUAUUUAACGUCCUUCCUUAAUAACUAAUAAAAUGUCAUCCGUAAUGAUUUGCGAUGGAUUACAUAUUAUGAUGCUGGAAAUAUUCGUGGACAAGCUAUCUAUUCCGGAUGCUCAUAUAUAUGACGACGUGGCUCGCCGUAAAAUAACGAUAAUGGUCCAAAUGUUGGAUAAUAAUUGGAUUGAGUUGCUGUCACAGCACCAAAGUUAUCGUCAACAUAACAGUUUAAAUGGCGAAGAUCAUUUUCAUGGUGGUAAAUCCGUUGUUUUCGCACUGUCCGAGGGCUGCCUAAAUGAUGGUACAUCAAAUGCCAGCAUAAAAAUUCACGCGAUGAAGGAAAUUUCAAAAAACUUUGAUGUGGAUCCCUGCUAUGUUGCCGCAGCCACUUACAUUGACAUCCACUCACUUUUUAAGGGAAUUAUCAAAGAAUUACGUGAGAGAAAAAAUAUGAAUUAUUUCAUCUUCUUCCACGAAAGAGAACCUAUUGCAAAAUCUAUGAAAGGCACCUUUCCCUUAGCCAAUGAAUCGAACCUAUCACAAUCGGGAUCGAUGCACGCCUACAUUCGUCUAAGUUAUUUUGGAAAAUCAAUUAUUACCGAGUUUGACAGAUCUCCAACGGGUCAAUUCCAUGUAUCCGAAGAGAAGUCUGAAAGUAUCCCUUAUCACUGUCUCGAAUUAACUCAUGAAGAAGCAGAGAAUGGCUGUUGGAGUAAAAAUGAAUUACUUCCCCUGUUGAGUUCGCGAGGUGCCGUUUGUGAAUGUGCCCAUUCUGAAGGGGAUAAGCGCACUUUUAUGAAAUUGACAGGGAGUCCUGAAGAAGUAUCCGAAUUUUCACGAAAAGGUGUCGUCGAAGAGAGAGGAUUUGCUCUAGACGAAGCUGUGCCGACUGAGCGUGGAGAUUUGAAAAAACAGGAAAGGGCGUUUGCGAGACCUGCAGCUCCUCCAGAUGCAAUAGAAGACCAUUUCAAACGGUUUGAGAACGAAAUAGAGAAGGAGAAAGUACCAAUAAUUGUGAACAAUAAACUCAAUGAUCAUUUUAACGGGACAGGUGAUGGGGUAUUACGAGAUCGACCUGAAACCUACCCGAGAAAAUCAAGAAAGCGAGGAAAGGGAUUAGCUAGCGACGAUGGGGAGGAUGGAAAUAGUAAGGAUCAUAAGCGCCUGAAGAUGACUAAUAAGUCCAGGAAUGGAUGGGACGAUCCGAAAUCUGGUCAGGACGAGGAAGAGGAGAAGGCCGGGGAGAAGGCAGGGGAGAAGGCAGGGGAGAAGGCAGGGGAGAAGGCAGGGGAGAAGGCAGGAGAGAAGGCAGGAGAGAAGGCAGGGGAGAAGAGAAGAGGUUUAGAUAAUGAAGUGAAGAGUGAUGGUGGUGAGCUGAAUAAAGUUGGAACUAAGACAGCUGGGGGAUUGGAGAUCGACGAUAUGAGAAAACGCCAGGACCUCAAGAGGAACGCUAGGGGCAUUGUGACCAUUGGAUUGCCAGAGAAGAACAUAGAGUGUGCUAAGGAGUGUUCGGAAAUCUCCACAUCCACUCCUAUGUGUCCGGUGAAAUCAAGAAUGCACUCAAAGUAUUUUUGUCUUGCUGAUUGUCAGAUUACCUGUCCUGUAGUGGUGUGGAAUUGUCAAAAUUGUUGAUUAAAGUUGAAUUAAAAUGUGUUGGUCUUUGGGGGUUUCUCCGAAUCAGAAUUUACAUUUUAAACUGUUUAUCAAAAAUUAAUUUACAGUUGGAUUGAAUAGGUCUUUGUACGAUUUGUAUUUCUCUUAUUCUCGUGCUUCCACUUGAAAUGGAAAACAUUUUUAUGGAUGAAAAUUGUGAGGAGUUUGGGGUAUGAUGUGUAUGCUCUGGUUUCUGAAUGUAUGCAGAGGUGCACGAGUGGGACCAUUGAUAAUGUGAGUCAGUGCAUUAAAUAAAG